AUGGUGACGUAUGUGCUACUAGAAGCAGAAACACAUUCCAUAUUGAUGGAUCUAAUCCAAUACAGUACCAUCAAAUCGAUGAAAUUUACCGUGGCAACAGAACUGCGCAAGCUGUUUCCAUGUAACUGCACAGAGUCGAUGGAAAAAGCUCAUAUGGUGGCGGAAAUGAGUUCUUCUGCCGAUGAUUCAGUUAGCGCGAGUAAUUAUGCCGCUAAACCGGAAUCUGCAGCCAAUCCUCCAAUGUCCGUAUCAGCAUCUUCAUUAAUAGAAGAAUCAGCGCCAUCCACAAAUGCGAUAAAACGGGAAGGGGACGACGACACGUCGGAUGUUUGGAGGAACGAAUCUGCCUUGUUUCCUACCAAAAAUCGUGAUUUCCCUUCAUCAGACACUAUUAUUGAAGAGAGGGUUAUACAACUUGAAACUACAGUGGAGAAGUUGGGCACUAGAGUAUUAGAUUUGGAGCGGGCUUUUCGAGCUGGUUCAUUAACAAAGUCUCAAUUCGGUAGAAAGGAAGUGACUAGCUCACAGCAGUAUGUGUUCAAGUCUCCGGGACCGAGAUUUAACGAUUUGGAUCUAGUGGCUGAAUAUAGUAGCUGGCGUACUUUUGUACCGGACCUUCUAUACAUGAACGAGGAGAGGAAGAUGAGCUCAUUCAUCAAGCACAUCUACUCAAGGGUGGUUAGUAAUGAAAACGAUAAGCUCCUGUUGACUACUCGCAGUGGAGGCAGAGAUAAUGGUCUAUUGCGGGUUCCUAAUGAGUUACGAGUUGUUUUAAGAGAUUUUGUCGUGGAUGUAUGCGAUCCUCCGGAUAGGCUAGCACUCGGAGCUGCCGUUCUUAAAUGCAUGAAGACGGUUGCUGAUAACGUACGGCGGCAGACGAACACAGAUCCGAAUCAUGACCAAGACGAUACGAUGGCUGCAAGCAAUCCAAGUAGUUGUAGAAAAAGGAAGAUACCAACGCAGCUGACAGGAACGUAUCAAUCUCCUACUGUUGAACGAGUACAACCCGAUGAAGGUAUUGGACUUUACAAUGCACCGGACGUGGAUGAAAACGGGUUGGAGGCUAGUUUUGACUAUAAGUUGCUGGCUAGAGAGGAAGGCGAAGACGAGAAUUCGAAUCGCUCCCGGUUGGAUGUUCUACUGGAACAAACAAGACAUAAGCUCGAAGAAGUUCAAGGUUCUAAACGGGAAACGAGACGUCGGUGCGCGGCUUGCUACAGAACUAUGUCUCGAAAUUAUGGUGCCACAGUUGCAAGAGCUCGUUCAAGAAUGGUUAAUACUAGGUGCAGCAAAUGUAAGGUUCAUUACUGUUUGGGAUGUUUCCAAAAUGAACAUAAAGAAUGUCAAUCAUUGUACACUCGUUUAAAGUUGGAAUAG